AUGUAUAGUGGCGCAGACCAAAGCAAUGCUCCAGAGUCUGAGAUUGCCUAUCAAGAUUAUGGUCGCUACUGGGCUGAAGGGACUAAGUCUUAUAUUUGUAUCGCCUUUCUUGCUAUUGCCUCCGGUAUUUCAGCCGAUUUUGCCUUCACUAGCCCAAAGGAAAAUGCUGUCUAUCAUCCAGGUGACAAGAUCAAAUUUGCUUGGCAUGACUAUUCUUCCAAGAACAAGACGAUCACUCUAGUGCUGGCUAACCAAGGCAAGGCUCAUCACUGGCACCCUUACAAAACUCUUGCUCAUCUACGUCGCCCCUUCCCUAAAUCAUACAUAUGGCAUGUACCGGAAGAUUUCAAACCUGAUCGUUACUUUUUGGUUAUCACCGACUCUUCUCGCAAUCAGCCCUUCAGUGAAUAUUUUUUUAUCAAAGAUGAUAAUGAUGGUGAAUAA